AUGAAAACGGAGACAGAUGCAUGCCCUGCCGGAAGUCGCAAGGCCACUAACAAGCGAGCACCCGUGUGCUGCUUUGAUUGCUUUGAAUGCCCGGAGGGAGGCAUAAGUAAUGAGACAGGUAGGGUGCUAUUUCUAAAGCUCACUUGCAUAAUAAGCCUAAAUGUUACAGAGAUAAGUGCUGUUACCAUUGAUACAUUUUCUAAACAUAUUGAGUUUGGUAUUAACUCUCUUUCAGAUUCAUCAGACUGCUUUUUGUGUACUGUUGAAUUCUGGCCAAAUGAAAAAAAGGACAAGUGCAUUCAAAAACCAACUGAAUUCCUUUCCUUCACAGAAAUCAUGGGGAUUGUAUUAUCUGCGUUUUGUUGCUUUGGUGUAUUUUUGUCAAUUUUAAUAUUCAUAAUUUUCUUAGUUCAUAAAGAGACACCUAUUGUCAGGGCCAACAACUCUGAGCUGAGUUUCCUGCUGCUUCUCUCUUUAAAACUGUGUUUCCUGUGUUCUCUGACCUUCAUCGUCCGUCCCUCAGACUGGUCCUGUAUGCUUCGCCACACAGCGUUUGGGAUCACCUUUGUCCUCUGUAUCUCUUGUGUUCUGGGGAAAACGAUAGUGGUGUUGAUGGCCUUCAGGGCUACACUACCCAGCAGUAAUGUUAUGAAAUGGUUUGGUCCAACUCAGCAGAGACUCAGCGUAUUGGCUUUCACUCUCAUACAGGUUGUGAUAUGUUUGCUUUGGUUAACAAUCAACCCUCCCUAUCCCUUUAAGAAUAUGGAAACCUUUAUGGAUAAGAUCCUUCUAGAAUGUGCCUUAGGAUCCGCUAUAGGGUUUUGGGCUGUGUUGGGGUACAUAGGAGUCCUAGCUAUGUUAUGUUUCAUACUGGCUUUUCUAGCCAGAAGGCUGCCUGAUAGUUUCAAUGAGGCGAAGUUCAUCACCUUCAGCAUGGUGAUAUUCUGUGCAGUUUGGAUCACAUUUAUUCCUGCUUACGUCAGUUCUCCUGGGAAGUUUACUGUGGCUGUGGAGAUAUUUGCAAUUCUGGCUUCCACCUUUGGCUUGUUAAUAUGCAUAUUUGUACCAAAAUGCUAUAUCAUUAUUUUCAAGCCAGAACAAAAUUCAAAAAAGCAUAUCAAGAGUAAGAUGCAAAGCAAAGGAAUCUAAUGAUUGAUUCACAUGUGUAUAGGAAAUAUAAAC